AUGUUAAGAGCUGCAUCCAGAACCAUCCGUGGCGCCUCCAGAUCCACUGCCAGAACGGUCGCCAGACCUGCCACUGCCUCCGCGGCUGUGGCUUCCAGAUUUCCUGCCAUCAACUCCGUCAGAAUGGCAUCCCAGUUGGCCCACCACAAGAUCCCUCCUUUGACCAACGAACCCGUCAAGGAGUUCUCGUUCUCCCAACAGAAGGACUGGGACUUGUUGCGUGCUUCCCUCACCAAAUUCACCGACAACGGUGCCCUUGACAUCCCAUUGGUCAUCAACGGCAAAAAGAUCUACAGAGACACCACCCUCCCCCAGGUCAACCCUGCCAAACACGCCCAGAACUUGGCCAACGUGUCUCAGGCAACCGAGGCUGAUAUCCAGGCAGCCAUUGAAGCUUCCAAGGCUGCAAAGGCCGCGUGGGCUGCUACUCCUUGGACCGACAGAGCCGCCAUUUUCUUGAAGGCUGCAGACUUGAUCUCCACCAAGUACAGAUACGACAUGUUGGCAGCCACCAUGUUGGGCCAGGGCAAAAACGUGUAUCAGGCUGAAAUCGACAGUGUUGCUGAAUUGAUCGACUUCUUCAAGUUCAACGUCAAGUACGCUGAGGAGAUGUACCAGGUGCAACCAAUUGAGUCUGCUCCAGGUGUGUGGAACCGUGCUGAGUACAGACCAUUGGAGGGCUUCGUGUACGCCGUGACUCCCUUCAAUUUCACCGCCAUCGCUGCCAAUUUGGUGGGUGCUCCAGCCUUGAUGGGUAACACCGUGGUGUGGAAGCCUUCUGCCACCGCUGCGUUGUCCAACUACUUAUUGUUGACCAUCUUGGAGGAGGCUGGUUUGCCUGCUGGUGUGAUCAACUUCAUUCCUGGUGAGCCAAAUGCCGUCACCGACUUGGUGUUGGCCGACAAGGACUUCUCAGCCUUGCACUUCACUGGCUCCACCGACGUCUUCAAGAAGUUGUACUCCAAAAUCUCCAACAAUGUCGCUGCCGACAAGUACAGAGACUUCCCCAGAAUCGUGGGUGAAACUGGUGGUAAGAACUUCCACUUGAUCCACCCAUCGGCCUCGUUGGACCACGCUGUGUUGUCGUCGUUGAGAGGAGCCUACGAGUACCAGGGCCAGAAGUGUUCUGCCUUGUCCAGAUUAUAUGUGCCUGAGUCCGUGUGGCCAGAGUUCAAGGAAAAGUUGGCUGCUACUAUCGACACUGUCGAAAUCGGCAACACCGCCUCCACCGACGCUUUGCACUCGUUCAUGGGUCCAGUUAUCCACGAACAAUCCUUCGACAAGUUGGCCUCUGCCAUUGAGCAGGCCAAGACCGACCCAGAAUUGACCAUCGUCAGCGGUGGUCAAUACGACAAAUCCAACGGUUUCUACGUCCAACCCACCUUGAUCCAAACUACCAACCCCAACCACGAGUUCUUGAGCCGUGAAUUCUUCGGUCCUAUCUUGACUACCUACGUGUACCCAGACGCUGAGUACGAGUCCAUCAUUGAAAGCAUUGACACCGUCACCAAGUAUGGUUUGACUGGUGCCGUUUUCGCCAGAGACCGUCAAGCAGUCAGAACCGCCGAGGAGAAAUUGAGAUACUCCGCUGGUAACUUCUACAUCAACGACAAGUCCACUGGUGCCGUUGUUGGCCAGCAAUGGUUCGGAGGUGCCAGAGCCUCUGGUACUAACGAUAAGGCUGGAUCGGGUAACAUCUUGUCCAGAUUCGUCUCGGUCAGAAACAUCAAGGAAAACUUCUACGAGCUUACUGACUACAAGUACCCAUCAAACUACAACUAA